AAUGGACCGUAUAUGAGUGUCGAGAAUCGCCAUCGUAUAUAAAACGUUUCAAGAUACAUUGUAGGGUAGUUCAGGUAGUACCGUCAUAUACGAGCUAUAGUAAUAAUCGAAUUUUCGGGUUGUUUUUCGUAAAACUACACGAGCGUCAAUAUGAUUAAGUUGGUUGUAACCCUAACCGUUUUAGCCCUCGGGUCAGGCAGUCCAAUUUUGGAACCCUAUGGUGCAUCCAUUGCUGUUGCGCAUGCUCCAGUAGCCGUCAAAGCGGAGCCUUACGAUCCUCAUCCACAAUACAAGUUCCAAUAUGGAGUUAGCGAUCCCCACACAGGCGACCAAAAAACACAAGAAGAAGUUCGUGAUGGAGACGUGGUCAAGGGCUCUUACUCCCUCGUGGAACCAGACGGUUCGCGCAGGCGCGUCGACUACACUGCCGAUCCCGUAAAUGGUUUCAACGCCGUAGUUAAGAAGGAACCUCUACAUCAUGUUCAACCUGUAGUUAGCCAUGCCCCGGUAGCUGUCGCUCAUGCUCCAGUAGCUGUUGCCCACGCCCCAAUAGCUGUAGCUCACGCCCCUAUUGCUAUAGCCCACGCCCCCACAUUAACUUAUGCACAUGCGCCUCUAGCGGUGGCUCACACACCAGCGUAUAGUCAUGGCCCUGCCUUUGCCUUGGACCACGCUCCCGUCAUAUCUCACGCCCCCCCUGUACACUUCUGUUUUGGCACAUGCACCCGCGGUCACUGGAUAUAGCCACCACGCCCAAACUAUAUUGCAUUGAUUGAUAGGACGGACUUGAUUUAUCGUUGGACUGACCAUUGAAGUAUCUACUUAAUAAGUUGCUCAUCUAUGUACAUACGCCAUAAUAUGUUUUAGUAAGUAAGCAAAUAUAUUUUGUUUUUUUUAUUUAUUAA